GUUCCGAUCAUGUCGUUCAACUUGGCCCACGACCGCGAUAUCCUCAACAACAUGACGUACUACGAAGUGCUCAAGCUCGCCAAGAUGCACCACGUGCAGAGCACCAAGUACCGCAUGAGCAAGGCGUAUAUGAUCAACGCGCUCUUGGGCAUGGACCCGAAGAACAACGUCGACCGCCUCGACUGCGAAGACAAGCUGGCGGCCACGCACGACUUUCGCAUCGUGCGAAACGAGGUCGAGGAGUAUAUCUUCCAGCACGACCUCGGGUCGAGCGACGUGCUCUUGAUCUCGUGGAACGAAGCGUCGAUCAGCCACAUUGCGCAGGCGCUCAAGGUGAUGACCAACGCGGUGCCGCACUGGUGCAGCUUGAAGACGAUGGACCGCGUGACGCACCAGCAGCUCCUCGACGAUCUCAUGGCGUAUCUCUGCUUUGGCAUCGAGCGCGUCGGCCGCGUCAUGAUGACGAAUUGCGCGCCAGAGCUGGUUGAUCAUGCCGAGACGCGCCGCCGCGACUCGGACGCCAGCAUGACGAUCUUGCCCAACCACGGCGACGGCCAAACUAAUGCGGCGGCAGAGGACUACGUGGUGGCAAGCCGACACGACGCCGACACACUCUUUUUUGUGGCAUCGGCGCUGAGCUACAAGAUGAAGGAGCUGUGGGUCAUGGACCUUACGGGCGUUCGCAACGCGGCGCAUUCCGGCGGGCACGAGUACGCACGCUGCCAACCCAAGUGCUACCUCAUGGACAAAAGGUCCGACUGCGUGCAUCGAGAGUAUCUCUGCUACGAUUCGUGCCACCGAACGGUGCACAACCGUGCCAUGUUCAAGACGUACCACGUGAACAUGGCACGGUUGUGCACCGUUCGGUGGCACGAAUCGUAG